AUGGUGGCAGUGGUGGGCGAUGUAUGUGUAACCGUUCCCGUUCCAGGUACCGUACACCGCGACGGACGCCCCGCAGUGAAGAUUAGUUGUGCCGCUACCACUUCCGGUACUGCAAGGCAUCAUGAUGAUGCGAAUCUCCUUGCAAUUGGAAGAAGACUAACAACGCCAACAAGCUGGGAAACUGAAGAGGGUGCAGCCUGA